AACCAAAACAAAGGGUAUCAUUUCCUAUCUAUAAAUAGACAAGUACUAAGCUCUUCAUACUCAUUCAAAAAUAAGUGUUUACCCCUUCUUUGCAAAAACAACCAAAACCCAUAUAUAUAUUUAAGUUUUUUCUUCGAGGAAACAUGUCUGAGAUGGAAAUCCAAGCUCAAGUUGGUGAUGAGAAGUUGAUAUUGGAGUUGGAGAACAAUGCGGCCAACGAGAGUGACAGCAUCCAACUAAGGUCGUCAGACUCAAGUCAAGUGGUGUUGUACACAACCACCGCAAACUAUAGCAAAAGUGCCCGAUUACAUACAAUUGAUAGGCACUUUUGGUCUGGUCGUGCACUUACAAACUUCCCUGCUCUUCCAAAAGGGUACUAUGCCGUUCCUAGGCAACAAGGUACUCUUCCUCAAGGUGUCAAAUGGGGCAUCGUCUAUGCUGAUGGUGAUGACACCACUGCUCGUAAGUGGGUUGUGGCUUUUGAUACCGCUACCGGCAAGGCUUAUGCUGAAGCUGGACCAAUAGGCCCAGUCGACUGGAACGUUGUUGAGGUUAAAUUGGGUAUGUCUGGAAGCAAAAGCGAGUACACUGACCCAGCUCUCGGAGGCACGACCUCAGCUGAGAUUAAUGGACUUAAUGCAAGAGCAAUAUUCCGUAAUUGAUUUGCUUAAUUAAGAUCAUUACUACUACGUACUACUCUAUGACAUUAUGUAUCUUGCUUUUCCACAUAAUUUUAUGUUAUGUGAUGUUUCCCGGUGAAAAUGUUUUCAUUUGUCAUUCGGUAGAAAUCUAUAAAUAAAGUGUGUUUUUCUUUUA